UCUGUGAAUAUGCCUGUUAAUAAAUCACCUAUGAUAAAUACAUAUGGAGGCAUAUCUUCCCCUUAUAAUGAAGAAUGCUGGAAGUUAAAUUUUCAACAUUUAAGUGGAGAAAGGAGUCAGAAAUCAAGGCCAACAUUUUCAGUUACAACAGAAUUCAUCUUGAGAUUCAAUCAAACACAAAAUUCCAGAGAGAAGAAAGAAUUGUUGGAACUAGCUAGAAAAAUCAUUAUCAGAUGUAAGAGAAAAUUGGGUCUCAAAACCUUGGGCUCUGGGAAGCAUGUGCAUCUUCCUGCUGCGUGGACUGAAGUAAUAUAUCUGGCUCAAUGCAAAGGGGAAAUCCAAGAUGAAGCUUUAAAUAUGCUUUAUGCUUCCCUGGACCAUGCUCCCUUUGAUUAUGAUCAUCUGCCUGCCCUAUUUUUUGUUGCGGAAUCGGUUUUAUACAGACUCUGUUGUGAUGCAUCCCUUCAGACAUAUUUAUAUUCAGUUGAACUAAAGCUAGCAAAGAUUGGCUAUUUGGUCUUCUUACGGCUUUUUAUAUUUUUCCUGCAUGGUCACCUAGAAAGUUUUAAACAACAUUUACUUAGGCUUCAACCAUAUUUAUAUGCACUUUCUUUCUCUGGAGAAUCAUAUUACAAGUAUCCAAACAUCUUUUCAAAUGUGCAAUUCAUCCUGAAAGCCUCGGAAAUUAUAGAUAAAAGAGAACUCCGCUCUGAAUCAAUUUUUAGCCCUGUGGAAAAUGAAAAAAGAUAUGAGAAAACAGAUUCUGAUAUGGGAGUAUAUGAAAUUAACCACCUGCUCUGGCACUGUGUUGCUGCUUGGUCUUGUGUUCAGAAUAACAGUCCUCAGUUGAAUAACGUGCUUGAACAUCUCAUCUUCCAUAAAACACAGCUUCAAAAGAAAUGCUGGUUGGAUUCAGUACUGGCUUUAUUGGUCCUUGGGGAGGCUGCCAAAUUAAACAUGGCCUGCUUGAAAGCUUUAAUGGACCUAGUGAAAGAUUUUGUUUCAAGCAUUAUGUCUGUUCAAAAUCAGGAAGAAAGUUGCAAGGUAGAAGAUUUUUCCUGGGCCUGGAAUGUAGUUUAUAUAUAUACAGUAAUUCUUGCAGAAAUCUGUUUGUAUGCAGCCACUUCUGAUUUGCGAAAAACUGCUUUAAUCGGUUUCUGUCACUGUAAAAGUUCCCGAAAAUAUAUUUUACACCUGGACAAAGCAGUACAGCCAGAAUUAAAGGAAACAAGUAUUUUAAGUCUUUUGGAAUAUUUCUCUUCCAAAAUGUCAGAUAAUUGUGAUCAAGUAGUCUGGACUGGUUACUAUGGCUUAGUGUAUAACCUGGUGAAAAUGUCAUGGGAACUUCAAGGAGAUGAAGAACAGAAUGGACUUAGAAACAUGAUAUGGCAAACAUUGCAGAAAACAAAGGAUUAUGAGGAAGAUGUACGAAUCCAAAAUGCAAUCAAUAUAGCUCAGGCUGAGUUAAAUGAUCCAACAGAUCCUUUCACUAGGUACAGUACAAAAAUUUCAUCAAAUGUAAGAGAAGAAGUUUUCUCCAAAUAUAUUGGGUGGAGGAUUACCAGCACUCUUUCCAAACUCUUCUUUCCCCCAUUUGAUGCCUGUGUUCUUCCUUUGAAGAAAUCAUCAAUAAAACAAGAUCAAAAGAAAUAUCCAAAUAAAAAGCCGAAGUCCGUGAAAAAGAAAGUUCUACCUUUUACUGUAAGGAAACAUCCUACUGUAUCGGACAUUCCCAUGGUACCACGUCCAGAUUUCUUCACCAAGGCAGAUAAAGAGUUGGCAAAAAUCAUUGACCAUCACUGGCAGGAAAAGCUAAAGAUCCAAAAAGAAGAAGAUGCAAUAUGCAAGGCCCAAGAGCUUGAAGAUAAGAAGUUAGAAGAGAAAAUUCACUUUCAAGAAAUUAUGAAGAAAAGAGAAGAUAAACUACAUAAGCAAACCAAGCCCUAUGAGCUUUCUCAUAGAAGUAACUUAAUUAGAAAAGAAAGUGCCACCCCCCAAAACUGAGGUCAGAAAUACAUAGCAUGAAAAAUAUCAAGAUAGCUGCAUAGUAAGAGAACUUUCUUGUGAUGAACUUGAGGUAUUGUACAGAAGAACUUGUUAUCCUGUACAAACUGUUUAAUAGUUAUUUCUUAGUUCUAAAUUAAUGACCAACUUAAUCACACGUGAAUAAAGUGAUUUCACUAGCCAAAACUUUCCAAUACUACAUCUAGUAUUUUUCUCAAUUGACAUUUAUCUCAUGGUACAGCACAUGUAAUAACUGAUUCUCAGAAUGCUGAUAUUCAUCAAACAGUUUGAUGGAAAUUAACAAGUUAAUUAAUAAGUCACCAUAUAAGAAUUAUUUCUUGAAAACAGAAUGAACAUAAGCUAACACUUCUAUAAUUACUAUUAUUCAAAUAAAAACAUUAUGGCAUCUUA